ACACGGCCAUAAAUAAAGGUCAUCUCUUAUCUCUUUUCUAUAAAUUCAUUCAAUCUCACCCUUGUAUGAUACAAAUUAAAACAAAUAGGAGAAAUGGCCCGAGUUAAAGCCCUCAUCUUCCUAGCCGUCCUCCUCUGCUCUACUUUAGUCUAUGCAGCCAGACCAGAACCAGAUUUUUCUGCAGCCACUUCUGCAAAAACCCAAAUUGAGGGUGUUGAAACAGAGGUUGAUGAGAGCUGUGAAGGAGCUGGGGAGGAGGAGUGCUUAAUGAGAAGGACUCUGGCAGCUCAUGUGGAUUACAUCUAUACACAGAAGCAUAAUCCUUGAACUUGGUUUGUUUUGUUAACAAUAUCUAUUUGUGAUUAUGUAAUACUUGUAAGCAAUAUCAAGUUUCCCCUGUUUUUUUUUUUUCA